GGUAAAACAAAUCGCUACUGUUAGAAAAUCCUGACAGCAGUCAGAUUCGCAGGUUGUUACGUACAUGUCCUUUCCUUCUGGAAUAACCGCUAUUCAAUUUUUCUCUCACGUCAUUAAAGAAUCUUUGCAAGAUCUUCAGAGAGAACGGAUGAUUGAAAUUCCAAAUCUACUGAGCUUAAUGAAUAAAGACCAUCAAAUACAAUUUUACUCCCCAAACCUUAGCAAACUCUACGCUUGUGAAUAUUUCUUUCGAUGAUAUCCCCAGAGAGUGUAAACCUGACACCCAGUUAUGGCUGUAUAACACGCUGGAACAAAUAAAAUGAGUGUUUCCAAACUGUCAAUCGCCAGUUUGGUGGCUUUUGCCAUCUGAAGUGAAAAUAAAUUACUAAACAAAUCCAUGGCCCUAGGGGUUUUUCUCUGAUGUUUUCACCUUAAAGACAUGUAUCCAGUUUACGGUAACAUGUCGGAUUCGAGCUUCCUUGAUAUGCCAUCAUUGUCUCACAUACAUUAGUAAUAUUUAAGCAAGACCGUUUUAGCUAGUAAUUACAGUUUCAUAACGAUAGAGGGAAGUUCUAACGAUGACACUGUUAAACUAUUACAGAAAGUUUCUGACCUAUUUAAGUUCUGGCGGCCAGGUAGUAUUAUCAGCCCUCACAUUUACAGUGUGGCUCAUACCUAAGUGCCUGGCGAAUGAGUUGACAUUAUAUUAUAUCAGCCGAUUUGUUCAAAAACAUACAUUGCUAAAUCUUCAUCAAUUAGACACACAAGUUGAUGCUUCAUGGUCAAGGAGUCACAAAUUUUAGAGAAGAUACGUCAUACUUUCAAGCAAGAUAGAUUUAAUGUGACGUCCUAACAUGCUAAUAAGUACACCGCUACAAUGCUGCUAAUGGGUGUUAAUCGCACAGAGGGUCUCAUAAUGUUUAAAUAAUAUUGCUCCUGUUCUAGAUAGCAGAGAAGGAGAGAACUGAGGAAAAAUUAAAGUGGAAAAAUGGACUAAAAGACAUAAGAAAGUAGGGCGACAAUGUCACACGUGGUGAAAUAUUAGGCUUCAAAAAGAAAUAUGUAAAGUAACAGCUAACCUAAGCCACUACGACAUGAAGUAUUAACUAAUUUAUCUGAUCGUUAUUCUCACUUAUAUAGUAAGAAACCUGUACAAUAAGAAACUCCAGUUCUAACGAAUGUAUUUUUAGUAGAAGAACGGGAUCCUGAGCUAAUUAACAUGUGUGCGUUUUGUGUUUCGUCAGGUUCUUGUUACCUGUUUACAAUCUGUGGUAUUUAAAAGUCAGAAUUACAAGGUGGAUUAGAAGCACUUAGACAAAUGAGUUUCAUUGAGAGGUGUUGUGGACACAUACCAGCAUAGUACAGCAGAGAUGUAGUUGAAUUAACAGAAUAAAUAAAAAUAUUGCGAAUGUAUAUCAUUUCCAGUUAGAAACUCUAAAAUAUUGAUAGUAAUAAUAAAUUAAGGGGUUAACAAUAAGCAACUACAUAAUGAGAAGAUGCUAAUAAUUCAGAAAGAAAUGGGUAAAUCUCAGUUAAAACUAAAACUACUGAGUUAGAAGAGAUUCGAAAAAAUGAAUUGAUAGCAUAAUUGAUUGUAAUACAAUUAAGAAGGAUUUUAAGACGCUAGGAACUAGUUUAUGUUAAUAGGGCUAGAAAAAUUUAACUACUGUCUGCUUUUAAACAUAUAAUUCAGGUUUUCCAGCUCGAUAUCAUCAAAGUCUUUUUACUACAUUUUAUUGUAUCUUAUUAUUUCGAUGGUGAAAUCAUGUUGAAGUUCAUUAAAUAAUACUGUCCUUCAAACUACCGUGUCUCAAACAAUACCUACAUUCUCUAGUGAAGACGGAGUACGAUUUGAUGCGUAGUGAAACCGCAGUCAGAAUAAUUACUUUGUUUUGGGUCUCAACAUUUUGUUCAAUGGCUGUUACAAUGGUGCAAUAUAUGCAGAAGAACGCGUUUGAUAAGGCUUGCCUCCAAACUAACUAGAAGCAACUGUGUUUGCUACAAAUUCAGACCUUUGACUCGUUUGGUAGUUUUCUCAUGUUUGAUUCCCGUCUAGUUAAUCCCCUUUUCUUUGCGAUUAUGAGUUGUAGUAGCUUGAAUUGGCAAACGCUAAUGCUAGGUCCUGGAGUUACUGCCUCACCAUGACCCUGGUCCGUGUGAUUAUCGUUUCCAAUGGUUAGACUUUGAAUGUAGUAGCUAAGUCGUUUAAAAUAACCCAGAUACACCCAAUCUUUAUCUUGCGUUAGACCCUAGAUUUAUGGAUUCCUCACAAAUUCUGUUUCGUUAUUUCACUAAUUUAUCUUAGAUGACUAGUCUUUCCUAUUGCCGUUAAUAGUUUUAGUUUGAAUUGUCCUUUCUGACUAGCGUUUUUUUGCGAGUUAGUUGUCUACGGGAUGGGGUCGCUAAUUCCAUGCCCAACCCUCCUCCAUCCGGGUUCGGGAUCUGCAGUAACCCCAAAAGGGGCUUCAGGCGAAAUUUUUUAAUAAUGUUACCACAUCUAAUACUCUGGGAUUUGCUCUGACGAUUUUCACCUCUCUGUGCUAACGAGAUAUGGCAACUUGGGGCGAUAUGCAUACGUGCCAGGUUCUACGUUACGUCUGUUUGACUGACUGAGCUAAAGGAAAACAUGGGUUAGCAGAUUAAGACAAACUCAACACAAGAGAUGACAGGUCGUGAAUUUUUUCACAGUCUCCAUCACGGCUAAUAAUCAAAUAAAAUGAAGUAUUAACACAGUCACAUUGACAGCUUGAGAUACCAUAACUUAAAAAGAAACGUCCCAAUCAACAACGAAGAAUAUCGUGUGAGAUCACUUAUCUUCUAUGAGACGUAAUCUCCAGACCUGGACCUUUUACCUGUAUCACUGUUGAAUGCAAUACCAAGUGCUAUCUUUUCGAAUUCUUUGUGGAAAAUAGGUUUCUUGAAUCGAAAGAACAGCUUUAGAUGAUUAUAUCAAUCGACGUAAAACAAGCAUUUUUAAUUCGUCGCUUUAACCGCUUAUUGUUGAACCCCAUGGACUUCACUGCUGCUUUGAAUGUUUUAAAUGUAUAUCCACAAACCGAUAUUUUAUUACCCUUUCACAAAUAGAAGGAAAUCUCCUUACAUCUAAAGUCACCACAGAAGCUUAUAACUAACGAUAUUAUUUGAUCAACGAGUAAAACCUUAAAGUCACUAGUGUCUUUUAAAAGGUCCACUUACUUUUCAUAAAAUGGGUAUUCACUAAUAAUAAGUUUGAAUAAGAUCACUAGGUAAAAUUUACAUGAAAUCUCUCUGUCAACGUAUAAAAUCUAUCAAAGUGAUCAGGAGAAUAGACAUCAGGCCUUGCAAUAUUCAGCUCGUUGGUCGAAUAGUCUAAUGACUGGCUAAACAUAUUUCUGGGUGGUACAUUAGUUACAAUACUUCUGGUCUGAUUGAUGUAUGAAGCAGCCAAAUCCAUUCAACUUGGAUAAAUAUCUUAAACGAAGUACCAAGUGCUUUUUGCAUUUUAUUCUUUCAAAAAGACAUAUUUAUUGGGCUACAUCCUGUUUUGGUGUGUUUUUUUAGUACUAGACAAGUUGUGCUCUCUCUUGUAUUUUAAGACCUUAAGACCGUAGAUGAUUUUAAAUAUCAUUUUAGGCCUUGAAAUUAUACAACUCGUUUCAGAAAUGUCCAGGGAAAAUUCUCCAUAUAUUCAUAUUGAAAGAACACUCUUAAUUAUUAAGCCGGACAUUAUUAAUUAUGCAGAUAAAAUAGAAGAGUUUAUCUUACGAAAAGGAUUCUUGAUAAUACAGAAGAGACGCGUUCAUUUGACACCAGAACAAGCAAGCGAAUUUUAUGCAGAACAUUACGGGAAAAUAUUUUAUGCAACAUUAAUUGCCUACAUUAGCAGUGGUCCGAUAGAAGUACUAGUCAUAGCUAGAGAAAAUGCUAUAUCUAUUCUUCAUGAAUUAAUUGGUCCACAAAAUUCAUUUAAAGCUAAGGCGACGGCACCUGCAAGUUUAAGAGCUAUUUAUGGUACAGAUGAUCAACAGAAUGGAAUACAUGGAAGCGAUUCGUUUACAAGUGCUGAAAGAGAAAUCAGAUUCUUCUUCCCAGAUAUGAUCGUUGCACCGAUCCCCGUAAGACUUGCAGCAAAAGAUUACUUAGUUCGGAAUGUAAACCCAACUUUACUAAAAGGUUUGACAGAACUGUGCAAACAAAAACCUAAGGAUCCAGUAAUAUUUUCGAGCUCACGCGAUAGCAUGUAAUAAAUACAGGAUCAUAAAGUUCUCAUGGUUUUAAAUGAACCUGGACUGUUUUUGUUAGAAGCUUUAAUUUCUUGCCGUUGAUUUACUAGACUGAAUUAAUUAAUCACUGAAACAUUUUUUAAUAUCGAAAUUUAUUGAUUCAUAAGUUUGCUUUUAUUCUAGUAUAGACUUAAUAAACACUAGAAUGAAGUAUGUACCUAGUUAAUGGAUUCCAAAUACUGUAGAAUUUAAAUUCUUAGUUCCAACAAUGGCCACAAUUAAAAUAAAAGUUUGGAUAAAAUAAUGGUAGUACUCGGAGUGGUAAAAUUGAAUGUGGAAAGUAAAGCAAACCGGGACUGACACAGUUAUAUUGGAUAUGAUACUCUCAUUUUGUAGGUAAUAGACGAUUUCGCGUUCAGAACUACGAUAGCGUAAAAAAACAACAGAUGACGUAAUGCUUUUUUUGUUUAGAAAUUCGGCAUUCAGUAAUAUCACACUGUUCUUUGACAUUAAUGUAAUCAACGAGGCCGUUAAGUCGCCAAAAACAAUUCACGGAUAAGAUUAUCUUACUGUUGUUAAGUUUUAUAUGAAUAUUCAACUUCAAUGAUCUUUUAGGUGCUCAGUUAAAUGGUAAGUUAAUGGGCCACUGGGAUGCCAUAUUUUGUUUAGACGCAUGGUGAGGUCCUUUAUCUGUGCAUUGAUGUUUCAGUGUAAUUAGAUUUCGACAAAUUGGGUGACCCUUUACUUGCAAAAUGAUUUUAUGCUUGUGAAUAGCUCAAUGACAUGUACCUGAUUCAUUAGUAAGAGAAUAAAAUAAAAAUACAGCUCUCCUCAAAACUCAAUAAUUUCACGUGGAAUUUCAGUAAAAUAUUUCCGUCUACCUACAAUUUCGUAAGUUAAAAUAUCCCAAUGAUAAGGACAUAUUAAAUUGCUCCAAACAUUGUUCAACUGGGUUCCUUUCACCAGCUUCCCGAUUACCAUAUAACUGUGGUCGGUUCCCUAUACUAUUUUGAUCAUGUUGUUCAAAUAAAUUAAAUUCCAGUUAUCAGUUGAGAUUGAUUUUAACGCUGUUAAGCCACUGAAGAUAGAUGUUCAUUUCAUAAAAAUUGAGUAUUAUUACUUAACGUCUCCUUAAUCUUCAUGUACAUGAGACUUGAAACUUUAAACAUUUGACAUUGAAUGGUUUUUAUUGAUAACAAAUGCUUGUGUUUGAUUUUCUGCUUGCCUAGCUUUGGCUGGCCGACUGGCUGCUGGAAAAUAAUCCAAAUAAACCUCAUCCCAUCGAUAUGGUCACCUCUUGAAACACUAAUAAGAAAAUUUUAAAGAACGUAUGAAGGAUUAUGAGAGUGCAGAGUUUUCAUAAGAACCUAUAGUCAUAUCUGAAAAUAAACAUACUUCGUUUUGUUAAAUUUCUUCCUAGUAAUGGAUGUGAAGCGGUAGUGGGUUGCAGUCUAGCGUGACGAGUUCUAUUUAUUUAUUUAUUUGGACACAUGAAUAUUGGUACAAGAGAGCGCUAAUAUAUAUGCGCCACACAAAACAAUGAAAAUUCGAGAGGAAUACAAAGAAAGAAAAAAAAAAGCUAGGGAGCGCAACAAAAAAAAGAGAGAACAAUAACGAAGAGAUUGGUGUAAGGUAAUGUGCUAGUAAUCAGGGAACGCAAAGGUACAAUCGGAAGAAAUCUUUCAGGUACGGGAGAC